UUCUCCUUUAUCUAAUAAAUUCCAAUUAUUUUCUCUGUUUGGUGAUUCUUCUGUUCUAAUUUCUUAUGCCCUUCCUGAAAUUUAAUGAGGCUAAUUUCCGGUUUAUGUGCUUCUGACGUCCUUUUUAGGUUUUCUUCCGCUACCGAGAAGUCUCUACUUUAUUUCCCGUGAUUUCUCGUUUUUUUCUAGGGGGUAGGGUUUUGGUUGGGGGGUGGAAUUUAUUAGAUAUCAUGCGAUUCCGCUUUUCAAACAAUUACUCUUUUUUUUCUCCAUCAACGGAUUUGUUUAAUGGUGGUUAUGAUGUUGGAAUUUGGGUGAAAGAAUAAAUUUUGCUGUUAAAUUUGACAAUUGCCGCUAUUCUCGCUGUGGAGGUCUUUUCUUAGCUUUGUGAACCUUAUUGGUUGGUCGUUUGGAUUUAUUUUUUGUAAUGUAGAUUCUCCGUGUUGAAAAAAAAAUAUAGCUAAAAAAGUUGUCAGCGCGGCUUCAUGUGGUUCCUUUCAACCUUAUGAGGGUUUUAUGUGUGAACCUGUGCUUGUCUUGGGGAUUUUUAUUUGUUAAAGAAAUAUUUGUUUCCCUUUUGGCAUUGCUUGCAAUAUAAUUGUUCGUGACUGAGUUUUUAGUGGAUGCUGGCCUAUGAUAUUCAUUUUGUUUAGUUUUCUUUUGUAAACUCAAGACGGUUCUGUUUGUUCUUGAAGCAAUUGCAACUUUUCAGUUAAUCAAUUCUUGGUCUUUCAUGUACUGGUCUGUUCCUGUAUGUGAUUAUAUACGCUAAUUGUUGGAAUAAUUGCUUGAGACUCAAAUGAUGGACUUGCAAGCGUGAUAUACUGUUAUGAAGGGUCAAUUGAUCAAUUUUACAUUUGAUACAGUGGAAUCUGAUUAGUUUAUACUGUUAUAAAGGGUCAAUUGAUCAAUUUUACAUUUGAUACAGUGGGGUCUGAUUAGUUUUUGCUUAGUUUAAUUGCAUCAAAUUUGCAUUACAUGCUACCCAACUUGCAGCUUAGGUGGCGCUGGAAGCUUGUGAUACUCUUUUCUUUGAUGUGAAGCUCAGGGGGCUCUUUUUUAGUGUUGUUUUCUGCUUUCAGCAGAUUUUCCCAAUAGUCGUUAUAGUCGUAACAGAUGGUUUCUCAUUUCCAGGAUGGCUUCUGCGUCUGCUCGGUGCUCAUUUGAUAGUACAGCUUUGCUUCACAGUGACUCUAGGUCCAAGUCUUUCAAAGCUGACUUCCUUGGGCUUCCCCACCAUGUGAAGAGGGAUUCUUUAAAAUGUAUUAUAUGCCCAAGUUCUAUGUCUACCUAUCCACCGAAGGGAUUUUGUAGGCAAGUAACUGCAUUACCAGAUGUUGGUGAUUUCUUCUGGGAGAAGGCUCCUACACCCAUACUGGACAUGGUUGAUUCACCAAUUCAUUUGAAGAAUCUGUCUGUCGAGGAACUAAAACUAUUAGCUAACGAAAUCCGCUCUGAGAUAUCUUUUAUUAUGUCAAGGAGACGCAUACCUUUUAAAGCUAGUCUUGCAGUUGUUGAGCUAACAGUUGCUAUCCAUCACGUUUUUCAUGCUCCGAUGGAUAAAAUAUUAUGGGAUAUUGGUGAACAGACAUAUGCACAUAAGAUUCUCACAGGAAGACGCUCUCUUAUGCACACAGUCAAGCGAAAAGAUGGUCUCUCAGGUUUCACAUCUCGUGCAGAGAGCGAGUAUGACGCAUUUGGUGCUGGGCAUGGAUGCAAUAGUGUCUCUGCGGGGCUUGGUAUGGCGGUUUCACGAGAUAUCAAUGGAAAGAAAAACUGUAUAGUGACAGUUAUAAGUAAUUGGACAACAAUGGCUGGUCAGGUGUAUGAAGCAAUGAGCAAUGCUGGUUAUCUUAAUUCAAACAUGGUCGUGAUACUAAAUGAUAGCCGACACUCCUUACAUCCUAAGCCAGAUGAAGGACCAAAAAUGACAAUCAAUGCCCUUUCCAGCACUCUAAGCAAGCUUCAAUCCAGUAAAUCUUUUCGGAAAUUUAGAGAGGCUGCAAAGGGUGUUACCAAAAGGAUUGGUAAAGGGAUGCAUGAACUGGCAGCAAAAGUUGACGAGUAUGCUCGUGGUAUGAUAGGUCCCCUUGGGGCAACUCUCUUUGAAGAACUUGGGCUUUAUUACAUUGGACCAGUUGAUGGACACAAUAUUGAUGAUCUAAUUUGUGUACUUAAUGAAGUCACAUCAUUGGAUUCAACUGGACCUGUAUUGAUUCAUGUUAUCACAGAGGAUGAAAAGGAGUCAGAAGAUAUCUAUACAAGCAAGAGAACUCUUGAAGAACAAGGGACCUUAAAGUCCAAUUUGUCAACAACAUAUCCCAAAUGUAUAGGCAGCAGCUUCUCUAGAACAUACAAUGAUUGCCUUGUUGAAGCUUUGGUAGCAGAAGCAGAGAAGGACAAGGAAAUUGUGGUAGUCCAUGCAGGCAUGGGAACAGAUCCAUCACUUCAACAUUUCCAGUCAAUGUUUCCCGAAAGAUUUUUUGAUGUAGGCAUGGCAGAGCAACAUGCUGUUACUUUUGCUGCCGGUUUGGCCUGUGGUGGGUUAAAGCCAUUUUGCGUAAUUCCAUCUACAUUCCUACAAAGAGCAUUCGAUCAGGUCAUCCAAGAUGUAGAUCUGCAGAAAGUGCCAGUGCGCUUUGCAAUCACAAGUGCAGGGUUGGUAGGAUCUGAUGGUCCAACUCAGUGUGGAGCAUUUGAUGUUACAUUCAUGGCGUGUUUGCCAAACAUGAUUGUCAUGGCACCAUCUAAUGGAGAUGAACUCGUUGACAUGGUAGUGACUGCUGCACGUAUUGAGGACAGACCUGUUUGUUUCCGAUAUCCCAGGGGAGCUGUUGUGGGGAUCUGUCGUCCUCUAUAUCGUGCAACUCCUCUUGAGAUUGGGAAGGGAGAAGUUCUUGUAGCGGGGAAAGAUGUGGCUAUACUUGGUUAUGGAUCAAUGAUCCCAAAUUGCUUGAAGGCUCAGUUUUUGCUUGCUGGCAUUGAUGUCCACGUGACUGUUGCCAAUGCUAGGUUCUGCAAACCACUUGACCUUGAACUUAUUCGGAGGUUAUGUAAAGAGCACAAGUUUCUUAUCACUGUUGAGGAAGGAACCAUUGGUGGGUUUGGUUCACAUGUUUCACAGUUCAUGGCACUUGAUGGUUUGCUUGAUGGAAGGACCAAGUGGCGGCCUAUUAUAUUACCAGACGAGCACAUAGAGCAUGCUUCCCCGAAAGAGCAGCUUGAAAUUGCUGGCCUGACGGGUCAUCAUAUAGCGGCCACAGCAUUGAGCCUGCUGGGACGACACCGUGAUGCCCUUCUGCUGAUGAGAUAGAGAGGUUUUAAAUUGUGAUGGAAGAGAAAGUGAUGCCAAAGACUAGCUUCUACAUGACAAGUUAGACUAGCUUCUAUAUGACAAGUUAUGUUUUAGGCAGCUCGCAAGCUCUCAUCUGGGCUGACUAAUUUUGACCGGCAUUCCGCCAGUUGGUAUGACAUUUAUUAGGCGGCAUUGGAUAUAUACUUCGAGAACGGCAUGGUUUAGCAAUUAAGCCUGGCUUUGGUACGUUCCAUUAAAUAUUUAGAGAGGGAUGGAGAUGGAGAUUGCAUUGUUGUACAUUCUUUUUAGCUGAUUCCAGUCUUGUAAAUGCUGAUCACAUCAAAUUGACUGUUUGAAACAGCUGUGUGCACCUCAUAUUUAUUCAAACCAGAGACGCUGGUUCAUCAGAUCUUCCAUUAAAAUGUUCAUUACUCAGUAUUUUUUUUUU